AUGACUGAACUAAGAGAUAAUUAUGAAAAAGCUCAACAAAAAUUAGAAACAGCUGAUGCCAAUUUAAAAAGUCAAUUAUAUGGUUUAGAAAAAUUCUGGGCAUUUUUAAAAUAUUCUCGACAAAAACCAAAAAUCACUCGAAAACUUGAAGAAAUUUUAAAAAACUAUAAAAAUCUUGAAGAUUUUCGUGUUGGUGGUGCAUCAUUUUCACCAUCAUUUUUUCCAACAAAAUCAAAUUAUAAAGAAUUUAGUGUUUUAGGAAGAAUUGAGAUUGGUUUAGGUAUUGGUGGUGGUGUGAUUAAUUCCAUACUUUAUAAUGUUGAUGAUGGUCAUCGAGAUGUUAUUUUUGACCGUUUUCAAGGUGUUAAACUAGAUGUUAUUGAAGAAGGAACUCAUUUUAUGAUUUCAUGGCUUCAUAGACCAAUUAUAUUUGAUAUUCAUUUACAAACAAUUAAUAUAACAUUACGUAUUCUUUAUCGACCAAGAGCUGAACUUUUACCAAAACUUUUUUGCAAAUUUGGUUUUAAAAUCUGUUGUACUAAGUCUCAAUUUGAUGCUAUUCAAUUGACUACACAACGUGCACUUAUUUCUCAACGUGUUAGUGAAUUAUUAACAGAACGUACUGCUCAAUUUGGUUUGAUCGAACUUCGACGAAUUGAAGCCGCUGAAAGUAUUGCAAAUCAAUUAUCAAAAUCAAGAAAUAGCGUCUAUUUACCACAUGGUCCUCAAAUGUUACUUAACAUUACUGGUGCUAUGCAAGAAAAAUAUUGUUUUUUGUUUUCAUAG